AUGGCUUCAACCCCCAUGGAUAUCGAUCGCCCCGACCGCGGCGCCGCCCCCAAUGGUGCCUCCCUCAAUAUCCAACGCACCCUCGGCGGCACCGCCUCCGUCUCGAACCUCUCCGAUGUCAUCUCUACCUUUCGUCCCACGAAGCUCUUCCGCCGCGAUGACAUCAAGGACGGCCGGCCGCCGCCUCAUAUCCUAUCAAUCGACUACGACGAUGAGGGAGAGCUUGUCAUGACCUCAGCCAACGAUGAGACCAUCCAGAUCUACAACGUGAAAGAGGGCCGCCACGACAAGAGCCUGCUUAGCAAAAAGUACGGCGUCAAGCUUGCCAAAUUCACCCACACCAACUCCAGCAUCAUCUAUGCCAGCACCAAGCAGAAUGAUGCAAUUCGCUACCUCGCCACCCAUGACAACUCCUUCAUCCGCUACUUCGAAGGCCAUGAGGGUCAUGUGACCAACCUUGCCGUCCACCCCGGCAGCGACAACUUCAUAUCCUGCUCUCAGGACAACACAGUCCGACUCUGGGACACUCAGACGAAACAUUGCCAAGGGCAGCUGUUUCUCAAGUCCCCUUACCUCGUUGCCUAUGACCCCUCUGGAACCGUCUUCGCAGUCGGCUGCCCCAGCAGCGGCACCAUCCUCCUCUACGAUGCGCGCAACUACGACAGGGCCCCUUUCGCGACGGUUGACAUUGUGGAGCAGUGCAGGAGGGUCGAUGCUCAGUGUCUUGUCAAGGGCUGGACGAAGCUCGAGUUCUCCAACGAUGGCAAGUCGUUGCUCCUCGGCACUCGAGGGGAUGGCCACUUCAUACUCGACGCCUUCGAGGGUACCUUGAAGGCAUACCUCCAUAAGCCGAGCGGCGGCACACGACGGUUGGCCGUCGGCGAGAACUCGGGCGCCGGUACCGGUUCCUCGGACUCGAGCGGUGUUGAGAGUAGCGGAGAUUGCUGCUUCGCACCCGACGGACGCUAUGUCCUCAGCGGAUCCAAGAAGGAUGUGCUGGUUUGGGACACGUUGGCAACGCCCAGCGACAAUAAGGUGUUGGAACCGUCAUGGACGCUCCCCGAUAAGAGAGAGGCAGCCGUGUUGGCGUUCAACCCCCGGUACAACUUCUUUGCUACGGCUGACCAGGAGCUGCUCUUCUGGGUACCUGACCCUCAUGCAUGA